UUACAAUAUCCAACGAUGCACUCAUUCCCAACCAUUACGUCACCUGGCUACGUCAGCGUGGUGGGUUCUACAACGGAGAAUAAAGUCGAGCCUCUUGAAGGCCAAGCCGAAAGCUUGUGCCUCCUACACCCGCCUCGGUAGGAACCGCUGCCGGCAUGAAAAGCGGGUUUGCGAGGAAUUGCUCUCAUCCGGGCACAGUCCCGGACUCGCAUACGCACGUACUCAGUUCAAGCAAAUUCAGAGCAGAGUGCAUGCCACACGCGGGGUUUGCCCACAUUCUGAUCAUUGGAUGCGUGGUGACAGUGCCGCGGGAGCCGGGGGGAAAGGCGUUCAGCAAUUAUUUUUCUCCUGCUGUGAUCGCUGCUACUGGUACACGUUUCGACACGACACCUGUCAACGCCCCAUAUGCACGAGGAACCGAGAGCACCCCUGGACCGCACACGCGGAAACACCCGAGAGCAUGCAUUCGGAACAGGGAUGCAGAAAGUAGCCUGGUUGGGUACUGCGUGGCAGCACGAGCCCAGGGAAUAUUGUUAAAGCCUGGAUACAAAGCCCGGAUACAAAGCCUGGAUACAAAGCCUGGAUACAAGCUAGGUUUAGGUAUUGCGCCUUGCGUCAACGCAUACGCACUAUAAUAUUGGGUAUACUACCCGAAGAACAUUACUA